AAAGCACGUUAGAAUGUGCCACACACGUAGAUGCCAGAUUUAUAUGCUCCGCAGGAGUUCCCUGCGCCAAAACCUCUCCUCGGCACAAAUGCUGGAUGUUAUCACAGAAAAGCUACUCAUUCAUGGCAGUUGGUCUUCUUUCUCUCUCUACAAAUCCCAAGUCAUUACAUUCCUAUAUCUCACCAUUCAAUGGUUGGAGAUCAAAUUCUCGCCCUAGGCCCCUGAAGGAAGUGGGCAGGCGGGGCUUCCUUUCUCUGCUGCUAACCCCAACAGUUGUUUUCUCGGAAACUAACAGCUCCAAGAAUGCACUUCUUCAGAAAUACUUGAAGAAGUCUGAGGAAAACAAAGCAAGAAAUGACAAAGAGAGGUUGGACAGUUAUUACAAGCGCAACUAUAAGGAUUAUUUCGAGUUAUUUGAAGGACCAAUAAAGGACAAGAAAGAGGGCCUAUCUGAAGUCGAGAAGGGUAUUCAAGAGUGGCUUAAAGCUAACAAGUAGCACACUGUACUUCAAAAGGACAGGCCUUUAUGUGCAGAUAUGUCAGUUUUUCCAAAUGGAUUGUAUACAAUGAGACACUUUACCUUUGAUACAAGGUGGUUACAAUUACUUACAACCAUCCGAUGUGAAAUUUGAUAACUUGGGUGUGUCACAAAGUUCAAAAAAGUUUCUUUUGAAGUUUGAGAUUGACCAAUGGAAUAAAUGGAGUCACCCAAUUUCACAUCCAAUGGUCAAGAUCAAUUAUGACCACCUUGUACCAUAGGUAAAUGGUCUCAUUUUAUACUUUUUCUUUUGAAAAAGCCACCACAAUCUCAUAAAGAUAUUAAGUGUAUUUGUAUUCACAUAAUCACAUGGUUUCUCUCUCUCUC